AUGUCAGGGGAGCUGUUCAUUAGUGGACUUGGUACUAAUGCCGUCGCUACCAUACCACCGAAUGUAACAGAUAUGGUUUCAAUAGCUACAAAUGUAUACCAAAUGAUGGAUGGUUCCUUAUGUUAUAGUUUACCCGCGACAACAUGCUCAGUACCUGCUGCUAUCUAUUGGAAUCCAGUACAGCAGAUGCGCAAUGUCUAUUCUGUCAAGGGAAAUAGAACAUUGGUCAAAGGUAUGCGAACAGACUGUUAUGCAUCCGAUGGUCUUGCUGUAUCUACUCUUGAAUGUUACUACGAUUCUUCAUGUCUCGAACUUCUCGUCUUGGAUGCAACUGCUUUUACACCUCUGAAUGCUACUAUUCCGAGUAAAUUUUUACCGAAUAACACUGUUGAAGAUCUGCUGAAUCAAUUAAUGUUAGAAGAGAUUCUCUUGUCCUAUUCUGCAGAGAUCUAUUAUACACACUGUGCACCUUUGACAUGUACUUACUCUUAUACGCAUCGCACUAGACUAUUGACUACUGUAACCACCAUCUUCGGUCUCAUUGAUGGUCUGAAUGCAACUCUGAGAUUUAUUAUUCCAUUGCUGGCUAAUCUAAUAUUGACACUCAAACGAAAACUGUUCGCACCACGACCCAAUGAACCGUCGGACGUUGUAUCAGGUAAGAUCAUUUUAACUUGACAUGCUAUAAUUCACAAAAUAUCCUCUAUUGGAAAAAAAAAUAUCGUACCCACGAGUAAAAGUCAUCAGCCUACGUAGUAUUCAAGUAACAAUAUUUCAUGAUGUAAGUAGCAUUUUUUAAAUUAUGUAAAAAAUGUUGCUGGUAAAUCGAACGAGAAGAUUGCACUACAUGAUGUUGCACAUUUAAACCGAUAUAGUGGUACAAAUUUUCGUUUGUAGAUAUAGUUUUUAGCAUAUUUUAUCAUGUCAACUAAAUCACAUACAAACUAUGAGGCCUUUAUUUCUUCAAGCUUUCUACUUUUUUGUUAAACCUUUUCAUAUAAAAGCAUAUAAAAUUCGAUAUCUUACUGAUCUCAACGAACAGUAUAUAAUCCUUGGACCGGACAUUAAAACGUACAAGGAAGCAAUAAUUCAUAUGUUCUCUUUAUUAUAAUGACAAAUGGAGAAACAUUGCGAUGGCGCAAUGUUUAUUCAUCUAUGUUCUAUCUCAAAAUGCAUCUUUUCCUUCUAUCAAAUGUCCUUGAAUAGCACUGAGCAUAGAGCGAGUACAGAAAGAGAUACAGACAAGAUCAACAAUCAAACAGUACACAAAGAGAAGAUAAUAUAUACGGAGUCCAUGGAUAUUAUGAAUAAUUGUUUUAUUAAACGAGCCUAUAUAUAUAUAUAAUAGAUUGUAUCGAAAGGAUCUCUGUGAUUAUGUUUAUUGUUUCUAGUUCUCUCUAUCAAAGAGAAGAUAUGGUGGUUAUGCGUGAAGAUCAAAUCGUUUAAUUUAUUCGACUCUUAUUCAAACGAGCCACACGUCAUUAGGCAUGAACGACUGCUGACUCGUCUAUUCAUCAUCUUACUUGUUCUCAUACUCACCGUCAUCACAUUUUAUAUUGGUUUUACGAAAACAACGAACAUUUAUACCAUUGACGUAUCUUCACAAGCCCAGUACGAGCUUCUGGAAGCGAGAUAUCGUGACACACUUCAAUGUCCAUGUAGUCGUAUCGAGAUUUCUCGCGAAAGCUUUAUCUCUAUGAAUAUUAAGUAUCAUCAAAUAUGUUCCAGUGGUUUCGUAUCACCUCUUUUUAUCACCCAGCUCUAUGCAUUUAACGAUACAAGUUGUAUAGGGAUGAUUUUAUGACGAUCAGUGGAAUAUACUUCAUGCAUAUAGCUUUCAGUUGCUUGAUAGCCAAGACUGUUGUCCAAGAAUUAUACGAUGAAUUUCGUGCAAAUUCCUUUGUUUCUGAAAAACUGAUGACUAGAAAUGAGUUGGAUGAAAAAUUCCAAAUCAGCAUCGCAUCCUUCAGAUCCACGGUUCGGACAACACUAGAUAGAAUAAUAAAAUCAAUAAUUGAACUCAUAAGAACUGCUUACGUAGCAUCCGCUACCUAUACUUCUUUCGAUCUGCAAAUCCUUCCAGAUGAAACUGUCCAAAUUCAACCUAGUGAUUUUCCUAAUUGCUCGUGAAUUGUCGAAGCUAAGACGUGUUCAACCGAAGCGGACUUUUACUGGUACAAUUCAUCAAUGAAUUCAUUCACAUUGUUGUACUCAAUCAUGGGAAUUCGAGUGGCCUGUUCGCCAUUGCGAUCUACAUUACAGUCUAGUUUUGCUUGCCGGUACUCAUUAGAGUGCUAUAAUAAAGUAAGAUAUAUGAUCUAUAUCAGAGAGAAUUUAACUACCUAUUAGAACUCACUCGGUUGAAAGAUCUUAGAAACUUUUGCAAAUUUUGUCCAGAACUCAUUAUAAAAUAAAAUUCAAUGUAAGUAUAGGGGGUCCAAAAAUAAUAGGACCGGCCUCAAAUUUUGAAAACAAUAAAGCUUUCUCCAACUAAAAGAGGUUUUAUUACCGAUCUGAUGCAAUAGCUAUGGACGCAUAGUAGCAGUCUAUCAUGUGCUAUAUUAAUUUGAAAUUGAUCAAUUAGCAUUAAUGAAUAAAUUCAAAAACUUUCGAAUUUCAGA